UGCAGUAGCCCUUACAAAAGAGAAAGGAGAACCCAAGCCAAGCUAUUUGAAUCCUCCCAUGGUCUCAUGGUCGACUAUCGAGGCUCAGCCCUCUGCAUGACUCAUGUCAUAAACAUUGCAUUAUCUCACCUCUAUUCUCUCUCUCUCCCUCUCCCUCUCCCACUUUCGCUCGCUCGCGCUCUCUCUCUCUUUCUCUUGCAUGUUUUAUUGCGAACAACCUUGUUACCACCCACUCUCUCUAUCAAUCUUCGUAUCUGUCUCAGUUUUUGACUUAUCUGAUCUCAUAUUUGUUGUCAGUUAUGAAAGAUUGCAUCUUGGGCUGAUUAGUUCAUCUAAACUCUUUCCUUGGUUUUGCGAUUCUUCUCUUUGAUCUAUAUCGGUGGUGGCCAGCGGUGGAGACACGAUCAUGGGGCCCGUUAGAGGGUUCAAGAAGAGGAGGAGGGCUGAGAAGAAGGUUGAAACUACGGCGCCGACGGUCAUGGGCGAGUACUCACGCGAUUGGUGGGAUGACUUCUCGAGAAGGAUUACAGGAUCAUUAUCUUUAUCGAAAGAUGUAGGAAGGUUUGAGUCUGUCUUCAAGAUCUCAAGGAAGACCUUCAAUUAUAUCUGUUCUUUAGUUAGGGAUGACCUAAUGGCAAAGACAUCAAAUGUAGUCUUUGCAAAUGGUCAGGUUAUGUCUAUUGAAGAUCAAGUAGCUAUUGCUUUGCGAAGGCUGAGCUCCGGCGAUUCCCUUCUGAGCAUAGGCCUAUCGUUUGGUCUGAACCAUUCAACAGUUGCCCAGGUGACAUGGCGGUUCAUUGAGACCAUGGAAGAGAGAGGCAUGCAUCAUCUCCAAUGGCCAAACUCUGAACAGGAAAUUAAAUCAAUAAAAUACAAGUUUGAGAGAGUCCGGGGCCUUCCAAACUGCUGCGGAGCCAUCGACACCACCCAUAUCAUGAUGUGCCUUCCUUCUGCAGAUUCUUCUAACAAGGUAUGGCUUGAUCCUGAGAAGAACCAUAGCAUGAUACUGCAAGCUAUUGUUGACCCUGAAAUGAGAUUCAGGGACAUUGUCACUGGAUGGCCUGGAAGCAUGAAUGAAUUCGCUAUCCUUCAUGACUCCGGCUUCUUCAAGCUCUGUGAAAAGGGCUCGAGAUUAAAUGGAAAGAUGGAGCUCAAAGACGGAUCAGAAAUAAGCGAAUAUAUAAUAGGCGACGCAGCUUUCCCACUCCUUCAUUGGCUUCUCACACCUUACCAAGGCAAAGAUUUAUGUGCUUCCAUGAUAGAGUUCAACAAGAGACAUUCUGCAACCAGAAUUGUGGCGCAGAGGGCAUUGGCGAGGUUCAAAGAUAUGUGGAGGAUAGUUCAAGGUGAGAUGUGGAGACCAGAUAAGCAUAAACUGCCAAGGAUAAUUCUUGUUUGCUGUAUUCUACAUAAUAUUGUUAUUGACCAGGAAGAUGAAGAGAGUGAGAUGGUUCUAUCUCACCAUCAUGAUGUAAAUUAUAAGCAGCAGCUCUGCAAUUUUUCUGACAAGGAUGGAGUCACAACAAGGGAUAAGUUGUCUCAUUAUUUAUCUGGAAGACUACCUCCAUGAACUGAACCUGAAGGUUGAGUUUGUUUUUUGCUUCUUUUCUUCUUCUUCUUUUUUUCCUUAUUUUUCAUGCCAAUAUACCAUUCCAAACUAUGGCUCUACUGCAUUAAUCUUUUUUAUGCUGAAGAGGUACUUCUUGCUGGCAAACACCAGCCGAUCCCUUUUUAAAAUAUUUCAAUUGUAUUUGAAGAUCUUUUUAAAAGCAUUUCUCUUUGUUUAAAUAUAGCACUGAGGUUCUCCUUCUCUUCUGGGCAAAAUGUUCUUCACAAGACUUUGAAGUGUCUUCCUUCUUGAUUGUUGUCUUAAAUGUGAGGACUUCCAUUACUUGUUUGUCAUAUUAUGAAAUGGCCAAAUAUGUUCCACCUGAAAA